CUGCAAAUCACAGCACCAGUCACCACCACCGUUCCUCAGAUUCAACAUCCGCUCGCAGCUCGAAGAGGAUCAAUCGUCAGCCAUGUCUGGGCGGGGCAAGGGAGGCAAGGGGCUCGGCAAGGGCGGCGCCAAGCGCCACAGGAAGGUGCUCCGCGACAACAUCCAGGGCAUCACCAAGCCGGCGAUCCGGCGGCUGGCGCGGAGGGGCGGCGUGAAGCGCAUCUCGGGGCUCAUCUACGAGGAGACCCGCGGCGUGCUCAAGAUCUUCCUCGAGAACGUCAUCCGCGACGCCGUCACCUACACCGAGCACGCGCGCCGCAAGACCGUCACCGCUAUGGACGUCGUCUACGCCCUCAAGCGUCAGGGCCGCACCCUCUACGGCUUCGGCGGCUAGGGCCGUCAGGCUUUCUCGCAGCCUGCAGACUCCCGAAGCUUGAUGAAACCACGACUUGUGUGGUUCGCUGUUCCCUCUGUAGUUCGAAUUGAAUCUUGGAGCAAAGUUAAUCGCGUAUGUCGUUGAAAAGGAAA